CCCAGAAGUAGAAGGGUUUCAGUGCUGUCCUAGCACAGGAGGACCCAGCACAGCGGACAAGCAGUGUCCCGCCUCCAGCCAGCCACGCUGUGUGCUACACGGAGGCAAGAUGAAGAAGGCAACAAGGACAAUAAAAAGAAACUAAAUCACACACAAACACCACCUCUGCUAUAUUCUCCUGUGUUUAAGAAUCUACAAGAAUGUCUUUUACUGGCCAGAGUUUAUUCCUGUGCUGGAUUAAAUGAGAGGGAUUAGUACUUUUUUUUGCCGUUUCUGAGCAGCAGCAUAUGUGUGUGGGGUGUGAGAGGCUGAAUAAAUGGGAGUGAGCAGAACACUGUAGCAGGAUCUCCAGUCAGAGGAGGUGGAAAAAAAACUGCAUUUUGCUUUCACUGGCGCUUCUGGGUUGCCUGGGUGGCCUCUAAAGCAUUUCCUACACAAGGAUGCUUAUGCGAUGUUUGGACUGUUUCAUUGAUGCAUUUAAUUCCCCCUGAGGAUUUAAGUCAAUAUAACCCCAGCAUAUCUGGAACUUGUUUCAUGGAUUCAGAUGAACAGGGAAACCCAACAGCAGAGCAAGAUCAAGUAGGGAAUGUCCCUUGAAAAAGCGCAGCUAACAAUGAAAGCACCUUUAGGAGGGAAAUUUCAAUAAAGCUACAGAGCUCCACAAGGAGGAAGAGGGGGAGGAAUAUUUACAGCAAAAGAAUGAAAGAGCUGCCGCAGGACCUUUCGCUUACAGCAAAUACAUUAUAAGAGCUAAAGGAGCUGUUUGAGUAGUUCUGGGCGAAGUAUUUUGGUUUAUAACCGAAUAUAAUCUUUUCACCAAUCCCCUGCCAUUAGUCCGUGGACAAAUAUGGCUCAUCCUAGGAGAGGAGGCUAUGAUCACCGGGACAUAGUGGUAAAAUAUAUCCAUUAUAAACUGUCUCAAAAGGGGUAUGAAUGGGAAGAGGGGCGGCAGCAGGUCUCUGCUGAGCACCCUCAAGCUUCUGCUGCUAUUAGUAAUUAUUCUGAUGAUGGAGAAAUGCCUGCUGCUUCCGCAGAUUCACGUGGACCACCUCAAUCUUCACUCGCAUCUGCUGCUGCUUCCUCAGAUGAGGAAACCCCAAGUAAUGCUCCAGCCACCUUCGUGGGCAAUACACCUGCUGUUCCCAGGGGGUCUGCACCUGCUGCUUCACCCUUAGCUGAAUUGAACGUUGUACCAAGAAAUCUUAAUGUUAACCCAGAUGCCAGUCGAGAAGCAGAUGGUGAUGAUGAUGAUGAUGAAGCAGCUAUGCAGCCGGUCCCUCCAGCAGUGCUACAGACCUUAAGUCGAGCUGGAGAUGAGUUCUCUCGCCUCUAUCAGCAAGAUUUUAGACAGAUCUCAGGGCUCCUCCAUUUAACCCCAUCCACAGUUAGGGUGCGCUUUGCAACAGUAGUGGAGGAGCUCUUUCAUGAUGGGGUCAACUGGGGAAGGAUUGUUGCUUUUUUCGAGUUUGGUGGGGUCAUGUGCGUGGAAAGUGUUAAUCGAGAAAUGUCUCCUCUGGUGGAUUCCAUUGUGGGUUGGAUGACAGAGUACCUAAACAGUCACUUGCAAAAUUGGAUCCAGGAACAGGGAGGAUGGGAUGCUUUUGUGGAGCUGUACAACAGCAAUAUCCGGCCACCAUUUGACCCCAGCUGGUUAUCCAUCAAGACAAUAUUAAGCCUUGCUGUGGUUGGAGCCUGCAUCACAAUAGGGGCAUAUCUUGGUCACAAGUGAAGAUCGCACAUGAUUUGGAACAGUAAUAUCCAGACUUAGAAGAAUUGGACACUUUGAUGUGUAAAACUAGUGGACCAAUUGUUAAAUCAGCUAUAACUGCCAAAGGAGGUUUCACUUUAUUUUCUGUAGAAAUAUUUUCUUUUUAUAGAGGUUUUAUUUAUUAAAGUUCUUUGCAUUUCAAGCUAAGCCUCACCAUCCGACAAUUUACAUGCAGUGUCUACAGUCUCUUCUUACUUGGUUCACAAAUCCAUUUGCAGACACUAUCAGACCCUUGGAGUGUUUAAUUAAUGUAGCAGAUGUUUAAUACUUACCAGGGGAUUACUAACCCAACCUUCAUUUACAGAAUUUAACUUUCAUUUAGACUCUUCAUGUGUCUUAAUUCCAGAAAUAUUUGCUGUUAAUAUAAUCAAGGCAAAAACUAACAUAGCCUCUGGUGCCUCCUAGAGAUGAGGAGCAAUAUCAUUGCCAUCUAAUGACUGUGAGUUGUACAUACACUUACUGGUUCACUGCAGCUGGGUAGAGUUCAUUUCAUCAUGACCAACAAAAUGAAAAUCAGUUGGUAAAUGAUGUUUUAAUGCUCUAAUAUGAACCCAAGAUCACUAAAUAUAGCUGAUAUGGAAUGUUGUUAUAUUGGUACAGGUGAAAGUAUGUAUGGUAGGAAACCAAAUGAAAUUCUUUCUUCUCUUUGAAUCACGAGGAAAUGUUAAGUCAAACAUCUUAAUGUAUUAUGUUCAGCUCUUUUAAAGGCUGAAGUAACUAUACCUAUAGACAACCUUUUGCUGAAUUGCCUAGCCCUAAAAAAGGGGGAGGCUGUCUGGGCCAGAUGCAUCGAUAAAAUCUUUUCCAUCUCUAUAUAGGAGGUUGCUUUUAUUCUUAUUAGGCUAGCAUUUUCAGUUUGCUUCUUUUAGAUGACCAAUAUCAAUAACUGGAACAGAGAACUCUGAAGUCUGUACUGAUGUGGCCCAGUAAUGUUUGUGACUAUUGCUUUAUGUAUAGAUCAUCAAAUAAAAUUACUGGAACACAGUAUGUUAAAUAUA